AUGGCGAAAAAGAAAAAUAAUUAUUUAUUUGUGGAUACGAAUAAUAUAAAAUUUACCGAAAAUUCAGAAUCAGAGGAUAUAGAUAUGGAAGAAUAUGAUGAUAAUGAUGUUGAUGAUUCUAAUAUUGAUAAGGAUGAUUUAAGUAAUAGUGAUGAUAAUGAUGAUGAUGAUGAAGAUGUCAGUGAAGAAGAUGAUAAUGAUGAUAAUGAAGAUGAAAAUAUAAAUAACGAUUUAGAUGAGAAAAAUAAAAAAAAUAAUAAAGACGAUUAUGUAAAAAUUUCAUGGGAAAAAGAUAAAAAAAAUUAUUAUCAAUAUGAAAGUGAAAAUUCAUCUAGUGAUGAUGAUGAAGAAGAAAACAAAGAAAGAUUAAAAGAAGCAAUUUAUCUUAACAAGAAAGAAAAAGAAAAUUUAGAAGAAGAUGAUUUUGAUUUAUAUAAUAUAUACACAAAUGAAAAUAAAGAUAAUCAAAAUGUAAAAGAAAAUAUUAUUAAAAAGAUAAUUAAUGAUAUGAAUAACGAAUUAAAAGAAAAGAAAGAAGAAAUUACAUUAGAAAAUAAAGACAAACAAGAAGAAAUUAAACAACUUGUUAUGAGUGAACAACAAGAAUACCUAAUUCUUUUAAAAGAAUUAUCAUUAAAUAUAGAAAAAGUGUUCAAUGAAAUUAAAGAAAAUCAAAAAUUAUUUGAAUUUAAAGAUAUUAAUGAAAAAAAUGUACCCUCUAGUGAUAUUAAUAAAAAUACUUUACUUUAUCUUAAAAAAAAAAAUGAAACCAUGUUAACCUAUAUUAUCUAUAUCACAUAUUAUGUUUUUCUAAAAGUUAUGAAUAGUUAUACACCUACACAUCCAGUGUUAGAUAAACUGAUUUAUAUGAAUACUAUUAUAUCAAAAACUAAUGAACUGGAUAACAAAAUCAAGUUCAAAAUUCAGCAGUUGAAUAAGUCAGCAGAUAAGACAUUUAAGAAAUUGAAUGGUAUGAACGGAGAGGAGCUACAAGAGGAGACCCAGGAAGAUAAAUAUGAAGAUGAUGAAGAAGAAAGAGAUAUUAAUGAUAAAGAUGAUGAUAAAGAUGAUGGCGAGGAGGAGGAAGACGAUGAUGAAGAAGAUGUUGAUGAAGAAGAUGAUGAUGAAGAAGAAGGUGAAGAAGAAGAUGAUGAUGAUGAAGAAGAAGAUGAUAAUGAAGAUGAUGAUGAUGAAGAUGAUGGUGAAGAUGAUGAUGAUGAUGAAGAUGAUGAUGAUGAUGAAGAGGAAGAGGAAGAGGAAGGAUAUAAUGAACAAAAGAAAGAUUUAAAAAACAAAAAGUACAAAAUUAGCAAAAGUCUCAUAACAGAAUACACUGAUAGUCAUAUAAGAGAAAAAGAAAAAGAAGAGAAAAAAAAGAUAAGGGAAAAGAUAAAAAAUGAAAAAAAUAUAUUUGUAAAAGAAAUCAAGGAUAUGAUAUCCAAUAGACCUGAGAAAAUUGAAGAAGAAAAUUACUUAAAAAAAAUGGAAGAAAAAUAUAUGGACUUUGACGAAAAAAUAUUAAACAAAAAAAUGAAAGAAUUAAGUAAAAAGAAAAAUAAAAUGAGGAAUUUAACCAACGUUGGAAUGACAACAAAUGAUUUAUUAAAAUUUGUAGAAUUACCAGAAAUGAAUCAACAAAAUGAUCAGAAGAAUAAUAAAUUUGACGAAAAAAAAAUAUUCCGAAGCAAUAUUAAUAAAAUUAAGCAAAUAAAGAAAAACAAAUUAGAACAUAAUCCAAACGAUGAUUUUGUUUCAUAUAAAAAAUUUGAUAAAAAUAAACAAAAAACAUUCAAUACAAAUGAAUAUAAGGAUCAACAGAAUAAUACCUAUGGAAAGAAAAAGAUACAUGAUGAAAUAGAUGAUGAACAUAUAAAGAAUAUGUUAAAUUUCAAGGAUAUGAAAAAAGAAAAGAGAAAGAAAUUUUUAGAUGAAAGAAAUAAACAAAUAAGGAAAAAACUAGUUGAUGAAGAAAAUGAGGAAGUUGAUAGAAGAAUGCCAAAUCAAAAAAUUAUGCAAAAUAAAGGAUUAGUAAGAAAAAGAAAAUCAACUGAUGGUAAUGCAAGAGUACACAACAGAUUUAAGUAUAUGAAGAAAAUGAAAGUAUAUAACAGUCAACACGCCAAACUAAAAGUUCAUGAUAAUAAUUAUUCGGGUGAAAAACGAGGAAUCAAUCCAUACUUAAAGAAAUCAGUGGAUAUCAAAUAA